AUGGCAAAGAAAAUAUUUGUUCAAAACGAUAUCAAAUCAAUUAAAAAUACUAAUAGAUUAAAAAAUUUAUUAUCUUAUGAUAAAAACGAAAAGGAAGAAGUAAACAGUGAAAAUCAAAAUUUCAAUAUGGAAUUAAUAAAUACAAUAAUAAUUGAACCAAAGAAAUUUAAAUUAAACUGGGAAAAUUUCAAAUUAAAUAAUGAAUUUUCUAUACCAAUUGUAAAUCAACAAAUUUUACAAAACUCAACGAUUCAAGAUGUUGAAUCAAUUCUUGAAGAUAAUUUAUUUGUUAUAAUUGCUUCUGGUGUUAGUGGAAAUAAUGGCGAUAUUUGGAAAUUGUUUUUUUACGGAAUUGAGGUAAUAUGUGUAUAA